AUGAAACUCUUCACCUCGAGCCCGUUAGGAUUGAGUAUCAAGACAGGGGCCGGCUCCCGUGACUUCAAAGUGCAGUCGGGCUUCAGAGAACAGCUGCUCAAGGACUAUGACGGUCUGGAUGAGCAUGGAAAUGCCUGGUGCCCCAUUCUGGGGUGUUAUCUGGGCCCGGAAAAUGUCACCGCAUCGCACCUCUUUGCGUAUAAACAUGGACAAGCCUCCAUGGAUGCCAUCUUUGGCAAAAUCCGUCCGUCUGAACUCUUUUCCUCGCGCAAUGGGCUCAUAAUGUCGGCUGUUGUCGAAAAGUCUUUUGAUACCGGGGUGAUUGUGAUCGUCCCUGAUAUUCCUGACCAUCCGACAAGACAGGUGCCUUGCGGUUGGGUAAAUAAUGAAGUGCGGGAGUUCAAGGUCCGCAUCAUUGACACCAAAUGGUCAAAGCUUGACCACUUCGUUGCAGGGAAAACAAGGUGGAGAGACAUGGAUGGAAAGAAGCUGGAGUUCAGAGGAAACUGCCGCCCAGCAGCCCGAUACCUGUACUUCCAUUACUGCAUUCAAGUACUGCGAAGGGCCUGGAGGGCCGGACCUGGUCAGCAAGCGGUGUUUUCUCUCCAGGAUGAGCUAGGAAAACUAUUCUGGGGCACCCCUAGAAAGUAUGUGGCAAGAAAUAUGCUCAAAGCAUUUAUUCAAGAGCUUGGGCAUGAAGCCGAUGAUCUUCUUAUUGGGGCGAGGGGCAGUGGGGGGAAUGACAAGGUCCUUUUGAACAUAGCAGCAACUCAGAUUGCAGAGCAGAGUGUUGAAGAGGAGGACGACGAAGAUGAAUAUGACGAGGAUGAGGAUGAGUAUUGA